UGCAGAAAGUGUCUGUUUCAAUCUGAAGUUCUUUGCCAGCAUGCUAAAAACAGAUUAAGUUAAAAUUAGCAACCAGACUUUUAGGAGUUUUCUUCAUGGAAUCAAAUCCCGCUUGCUAAAUCAGAACUCCCGUCCAUUUAGAGCAGCAGCAGAUUUUCUCCAAUUCAAAAAUGACAAGGAAGCCUACCAAUGAAAAUGUUACAGUGUGAAUACCCCAACUUACUAGGUACCUGUAUGUUUGUGUGUAAUCAAAAGCAUGGGAAGCAAUCCAGAAGCAUUCGCUGCUCCUUGAGAAAACAUUCAGCAGCUGCAAAGGCCUGGGGACAUUUAAAAAAGAAAAAAAAGAUCACGUAGUCACUGAGUUUCUGAGUUAUUUCCAGGAAGGGAAACUCCUGGUGACUAAAAACUGAGAAAGUGAAACUUAACUCGGGUCUUUGGCGUGAAGGAGCCAUGGCUGCUGCUGGGCAGCAGAAUCUGGUCCAGAAUCUUUGUGAUGUAGCCACUUGCUCCAUCUGCCUAGAAUAUUUUAAGGAUCCAGUGAUCAUCCCAGAGUGUGGGCACAACUUCUGCCGGUCUUGCUUGAUCCAGCGCUGGGAGGAAUCGGAGGCAGAGGCUUCCUGCCCUCAGUGCAGAGAAACAGUCCAGCAAAAUAAUCUCAUCCCCAACCGGCAACUGGCAAACUUCUUGCAAUUAAUCAAGAAUCUCAGCAUUCUAGGAAGGAAAGAAGAAGAAAGAAAAGGAGGAGUCUGUGAGGAGCACCAGGAGCCCCUCAAGCUCUUCUGCAAAGUCCACGAAGCCCCCAUCUGCCUGGUGUGUGACAGAUCCAGGAUACAUGAAAAUCACAAGGUGAUUCCUCUGAAGGAGGCUUUGGAGGAAUACAAGGGAGAGAUCUGUAGCCACCUAGAAAUUCUGAGGAAAGAGAGAGAGGAAAUUCUGGCCUAUCAAGCAGACCUGGACAAGGAAAGCAAAGACCUCCUUAAAUUAACAGAAACGGAGAGGCUGAAGAUUGUGGAGAAGUUCAGACAACUGCGCCAGUUUCUGGAAGAACACGAAAAACAUCUGCUGACUCAUGUGGAAGAGGUGGAGAAGGAGAUUUCAGGGAGAAGGGAUGAGCAGCAGGCCAGACUCUCCAGGAAACUCUCCUCUCUUGAGAAGAUCAUCCAGGAGAUGGAGGAGAAGAGUCAGCAGCCAGCGAGUGAACUCCUGCAGGAUGUGAGAAGGACCUUGCAGAGGUAUGAGGAAAGAGAGAGUCCAGAGAAGCCACUGGCUUUCCCUCCAGAGCUGAGGAACAGGAUCUUGGAAUCCUGUGAUCUAAAUCACCUUGUGGAGGAUACAAUGAGACAAUGGGAAGAUGCUCUGCUGCUCAAAGAACAGCUUCAGGAAGAUGUUCAGUCAUUCAGAAAUCUUCAGAGAGCAAAUGUCACUCUGGAUCCAGACACAGCCCAUCCCAGGCUCAUCCUGUCCGAGGAUCAGAAAAGCGUGAGAAGGGGAGAAAAACCUCAAGCCCUGCCUGAUAAUCCUGAGAGAUUCAGUGACUGGCUUUGUGUGUUGGGACGUGAGGGAUUCACAGCAGGCAGACAUUUCUGGGAAGUCACUGUGGGAAUUGGGGAAUUGUGGGUUUUGGGGGUUGCCAGGAAGUCUGUGAGGAGAAAGGGCAGCUUCUCCUUAAGGCCUGAGGAAGGGAUCUGGGCUGUGGAGAAGUUGAGAGAGAAGUACUGGGCCUGGACAUCCCAUUUUCCUUCUCAUCUGUCCCUGAGUGAGGAGCCCAGGAGGAUCCGGGUGACUCUGGACUAUGAAGGGGGACGUGUGUCUUUUUCUGACGCUGACUCAGGAGCCAAACUCUACACGUUCUCAGGAGCCUCGUUCUCUGGCGAGACCCUCCUCCCUUUCUUUCAUCUGUGGGGAAAUUAUAAAACCCACCUCAGUAUCUCCUGAGGAGACUAAAUCUGCCUCUCAGGCCCAGCAGAAGUUUCUCUCCAGACCAGAGUGACUGAUAUAAAAAACAUUUACCCGCCAAGAGCACAUUGGGCAGUUUUCCAAGAGCCCUUUGAGAGGAUUCAUUCCAGUCAAAAUCAGCAGAAAUAACAAAACAAAAAUGGGUUGCUCUUGCUUUGCAUUUUCCUUCCUUUUCCCAGAAUUCCCUCUGCAGCUUACUUCUUAGAGAGACAGUCACACUUUUAGGAGUCCUAAUAAAUUUUCUCACCUUCAA